AUGGAACUCGAUGAAGUGGAUAAUCUUGAGGUGUCAUCUGCUCAAAACAUAAUCUCGGCAAUCUGUCGGAAUGACGAAAUAUAUAGGGCGACAAAUUUCCAGUUUCUUAAGCGAGUCUUUGAACGCGCAAUCGCAAUCCUAAGACCACGCCCAAACGUAGAGGUCAUCCAGACAGACCCCAAGUCCGGGAGAGUCUUCAUCCUUGUUGGAGAUUUGCACGGCCAGUUUUCCGACUUGAUGACCAUAUUCAACAAACAUGGACCACCAUGCCAAAAGACAACCUACAUCUUACUGGGAGAUUACGUGGAUAGAGGAAACGAUGGGCUUGAAAUUCUUCUCGUGAUGUGUCUCUGGAAAAUUGUGUGCCCAGAGUAUAUUCAUUUUUUGAGAGGGAACCACGAAAGUCUCUCAACGUGCGACUUGUACGGAUUUAAAGAUGAGAUUCGAGAGAAAUACAAAGAAGGUGCGGAGGAUGUUAUAACGUUAUGCGGAGAACUGUUUAAGAGCCUCCAACUUGCGGCUGUCAUAGGUAAAACAGCGUUCUGCGUCCAUGCUGGCAUUUUUUCAACAAAUCAGUUGCUCCAAAUUGGCGAUAUCAAGGAUAUCAAUAACAUCAAUCGGUUUGUCGACGAAGACAAAAACGAGAUUUCAAUAUUCAACCAACUUCUCUGGUCAGACCCAGAACUCUCAGACGGCUUUAAAAAGAAUGAAUUUAGAGGGAUCGGUAUUGUUUGGGGGUCAAAGCAGUCGUCCGCAUUUCUGAAGAAAAACGGACUGAAGUAUAUAGUGCGAUCACAUGAAUCGCCCGAAGCAAGGUGGACAAGAGUGAAUUUUAGGUUGGGAGGAAUGACUGAUGGGUAUGUGCAAGACCACUGCACUAUUGAGGGUGGCACAUACACAAUCUUCUCUGCGCCAUGCCCUCAAGUAUGUGUACAAGGUAUGAUGCAACCAUGUAGAGGUGCUGUUGCCGUAUUUUUGCCGCCAUAUAAUAGGAUUGUGUUUGAGCAAUUCGAGUAA